AGCUGUCCUCUCUUUGUUCAACCAGCAGGGGGGACAGGAGGCUGAGAAAAGGGUCGGCUACGUCUCCUUCCAUUCUCAGUGACGACGGCUGCCGAUUCGUCAUUCGAUUCAUCUCUCAAUUGGGCGACACAGAAGAUAGACUACAGUCGAUUCUUCCCGUCUCCAAUCGUCCAGGCUACCCUCACCGUACUGUAUUUUUGAUGCAGCAAGAAAUUCUUUGUUGAAUCAUGACGACGUCGCAAAAUCUACCUUUCAAAGCGGGACAAAUGGUUGAAUCAAGAUCUUUUACCUCAGGAUUCCGUGGUGCAUGGUUCCGGGGCAAGAUCAAAGGAAUUUCCAGGAGAAAGGGGUAUCUUGAAUACUCGUUAGAAUUUAUUGAUUUCCCAGAUGAAAAAAUAUAUUGGACAAAAGCAUAUCAAGUUAAUCCGGUCAAUAAGAGGAAGAGAAAGGAGAUGCCGAUGCAGCUAAUGGUGCGGCCAAAAUAUCCUAUUAUCUGUCAUCAAAAAGGAAUCCCUGAUGCAAAUACAGUCCAGGAAGAUACUGUUGUAGUUCUUGGUUCUUGGAAGGUUGGAGACUAUGUAGAUUGGUGGACUGAUGGUUGUUACUGGUCUGGAAUAGUGACUGAAAUAUUGGAUAAUGGCAAGCUUAAGGUUGACCUGUUGCCACCUCCUCUUGGUGAAGGCUCAUCAUAUACAGUUGAUUGCAAGGAUCUGCGCCUUUCUUUAGAUUGGUCUCUGGAGUUUGAAUGGAGUGUUCCUAUACAGGAACGCGAAGAUUCAUGUCCUACUGCUCGAUUGAUUAAGCCACUGAAUCUAGCUGCUGCAGGAAGCCAUACAAAUGUUGAUAAUGUUGCACUAGAGAAAGGUGUUGAAAAUACCGAGUCUAUCUGUGGCCAACCAUCUCUUAACAAUACUGUCUCAGCUUCAUCAAUUUCAACUAGUGUAUUAAUUCCUGAAGCUGUGAAUGACCCGAUGAUGGAAGAUGCAGUUGAGGCCAGUAGUGGUGGACUGGAGCAAGUAGCAGAGGCAGUUGAGGCCAGUGGUGGUGAAAUGGAGCAAGUAGAAGAGGCAAGUGUGCCCAUGGAAAUAGAUGAUUGUUCAACAGAUGUCAAGGCAAACUGCUCAGACAGUGUGGUCAGUUCAAACAUUAGCAAUAAUAUUUUGGCUGAAAAAACAGCAGCAGCAGAAGAAGAAGGGGAAACAAAUGAGGAAAAGGAUACACCUGAUAGAGAAGUUUCACUAAAUUCCAUGCAUUCUUCUGCUGAUACUAUUGAUGCUGCUGUUAUGGAUUUGGAGGAGCUUAUUAUCAGGAUCAACUGGUUGAAGGGUAUAUUAGAUUGUCCACAAUCCAACCCCGAUUCCCCUCCUAGUUUUUUGUGGGACUUUGUUGAGCCUCAUGCAUAGUCAAUGCCAGAAGCUUGGUUUUUUUCUUUAAAAUUUUAGUCUAUACAUGGAUAGUUUUUUCUUUUUUUUUAGCAAUUUUGUACAAUAGCACAAUAAGAUUUCAGGCAUAACUCUUUUUUUUUUGUGUCAAAGGAUUUAAAAUUUCAAACUGAGACUUGAUGUUUAUCAAUGUGUUUUGCAGCCUCUGUAAAGAACAAAUUGAACAGGAUAAAACAGUGGAAGAUUAUGAGGAAUCUAAUACAUCUGAAUCCAAAAUUGAUUUGGUAACCAGAAGUUUACAUUCA